CGCCGACGGUUGCAAACAUAACGUUCGUGAAUUUCGAAGGGAAAAGCGGUUUUCUCGUGCGGUCUUCGCUUCUUUUUUUUAACGUGUAUAUGUGUUGUGUAUGUUUGGCGUGCGGCUAACUUUGUUAUACUUGUUGUUGUUCUAGUGCUGUUUUUGUUGUUGGUAACAACGUGCGGUGCGCGCCUUAAUUAACAACAAAAAAAAGAAUACCAUUUUCGAGGAAAAGUUUAUAAACAAAACACUAAUUCUUCUUACCAAAUUCUAAAAGUUGCAGCCGAAACAAAGAAGGAAGCUUAGGCAAAUAUUUACUGGGAAAACUCAGACCGCCGUCGAGGAGGAAAUCCAAGUAGGAACGACCACAACUCGUUUGGGAGCAGUCGUCGCAAGAUCACAGAACGGGACGCAUCAUGACUUUCUACUGGUGGUCACACUGGUUCUGGAUAACCCUCAUCCUAAGUGUUAACUUGCUGUCCAGCCAUGUCCACACAUAUCCCAGCCAGGAGGCCGAGUCACUGGCCUCCAGUCCACAUCCGCAGCCCGUGCGAACCACUAAACUUUACCAGACGACGGUGACCCAGACCUGGGGCACAGCCACCCAGAGCAACAUCAUGGACCUGACCCACCGACCCACCACCAGCAGGCCGUUGGUGACUCCCAGCUAUGAUGGUGGCCCUGCAGUGUCGCAGGUCGAAGAUGUUGACCAGGCGGUGGAGCUGAAGGAGGAAGAGAUGCCGCUCAAUGAUCGUGAGGAGGAGCAGGAUGAAAAUCCGGAAGCAGAUCAAGAGCGGGAGCCGGAUGAGGCAGUUUCAGAUUCAGAUCCAGAUGCGGAUGCUGAAACCGAGGAAGCUGCUGCCAAUGAGGAGCUGGCCCAGUUCGAGUUCAAGCGAUCGGCGGACUUUACCUCCGAUCAGCUGAAUAACUUUACGAAUUUCAGCAGUAGUACUAGUACAAAUGACAGCAUCAGCAGCAGCAAUAGCACCACCACAAAACCCGUUCCAAUCAGCAGCAAUAGUCCGGCCACAACGACAACAAGAAGCACCACCAAAGCGGUGGCAAUAUCCUCGACCACUGCAACGACACCGCGAACCGGAGGCAGUGCCACCCUAUCCACUCCAGCUGGUUCUGCGGCUACACCAUCGACACCCAAAAUAAAUACUGAGUGGUUGUCUGAUGAGCUCCUGGCGGGUGCAGCAGGUGGAGCGGGGUCAGGAGGAGUAACGAACGAUGGCGACGGGGAAAAGGCACCAUUCACCCUGGAAAAUGCCAACAAGGAGGAUGAACUUAGACGUGCCGAGAGCGAGCAUAGGUCACGCAAAUCCAAAGUUCUUUCCGCAGAGUACAAGCACAUCAAUCGCUAUAUUAACUUCUCCAGCGACACGAAGAGUCUACUGACCCGAUCAGCCUCCGCGGCGCCCAGCGUGGCAGGUGGCGCGGCCGGAUCUGGGUUCUACGAUGGAACCAUUGGGGAUGAGGGAAAUAUCUCUUCCGAGGCUCUGGCCAUUCAGCGAACUUAUUUCCUGGAUGCUGGCGCAAUCUCAGCGAUUUGCUUCACUGUCUUCGGAAUAUGCUGCACGGUGGGCACCAUUGGGAUCGUACUGUACCGCCGUCGGUAUCUGAAUAAGCCGCAGGCUUUGAGUGAACCGGACUCGAGUGUCUAUAUCGAUGAUAGCACCAUGCGGGUGAGUGACAAUUCGGAUGAGAUGUACAGUUUGGACAACGACUCGUUUCUCAAUUCGCUGGAGGCGAUGACAAUACAGAACUAUUGGACGGAUACGGUCAAACAUACAAAGCUUUAAUUUCCGGCCUCUCCAGUUGGAAGUGUAUACCCCCAUCCCCCCAAAUUCCUUCCCAUUCCAUAUCAUUUUGAUUCGUUUUUUUUUUUUAGUUUCAUCUCAAUAUCGUUUCGUUCUGUUUUGGAUGGAAUUGCAUUCCUGAUUUCAAAAACAGACAUCAUAAUCAUUAAGUAGCGUAGUUUUUAAGCGCGUGUAUGUAUUUACUAAUGUUAGGCAACCAAAACGAGCAACUAGUUUAAGCCCAAACUACCAAAAUUAUGUUUAGUGUACGUGUUAGAUUUUAAGUGCGCAAUGUUUUUUGUUGGUCUUGGCUGUUAGUUAAAGCCCUUCCAACAACCUUUUCCCACUUUAUUCCAGCCCAAAUCCCAGCUCUCUUGACAAACCCAAUUGUACUCGUAUCUGUUAGUUAAUUAUUAAUUCUUAUUUAUAUUGUUGACUAUUUUAUCGCCACCUUCCCCUUAAUAGCCCCACUCCCAACCAAAUCUCUCCCAAGCCUAAUUUUAAUAACAGCUAUUUAUUAAGUUUCCAACCUUGUGUGUCCAACAAUUAAACGCAAUCAUUCCUUCCAGUUUAGCCUAUAGAGCAACUUUACACUGUAAUUACUGUAUUUAAAGCGAAGCAAGCAAACAACAAUUAAAUGAAAACAUCAC